AUGUCGGAAAGUGUUGAUUCUGUAGACAUCACCAAAUUGAACGCUUUGGCUGCUGGCACCAACCGCAAGACCCCGAGAAUUGUGGCGGCAGGUGUGGGUGGUCGUUUGAUGGGAACAAAGUCUCUUGUCAAUGUUACUGCUGACCAAAUCACGGAAGACUCAAUGAAACAGAUGACUUUGGCAGAGAAGGAUGAGGCCGAACGUCAGAAAUAUACUCGGGAAACCCAUAUUUCCGAUCAACCAUGGACAUUUAGUAACUGGUACCAACAUAUUAAUUGGUUGAACUUGAUGUUGGUUGUUGUAUUUCCACUCUAUGGAAUGUGGGAAGCAACUAAACAUCCUCUUCAAUGGAAAACGGCCCUUCUUGGGUUUAUAUUGUAUUUGGCGCUGGGACUUUCAAUUACUGCUGGUUACCAUCGUUUAUUUUCUCACACAGCCUACCUGGCUUCAACUCCUGUGAGGUUAUUUUAUGCCAUUGUUGGUGCUGGUGCCAUUCAAGGCUCGAUCAAAUGGUGGGCUCACUCUCACAGAGUUCACCAUCGUUAUACAGACACUCCAAGAGACCCCUAUGAUGCUCGUCAAGGAUUGUGGUACUCGCACAUGGGAUGGAUGUUGGUUAAGGCCAAUCCAAAGAACCGUGCACGUGCUGACAUUUCCGAUUUGACUUCUGACUGGGUAGUUAGAUUUCAACAUCGUCACUACCUUACUUUGAUGCUUUUGAUGUCACUUGUAUUGCCCACUAUCAUUGCUGGUGUUUUCUGGGGUGACUGGUGGGGAGGGUUCAUUUAUGGAGGAAUCUUCAAAUCGUUUGUUAUUCAACAAGCUACCUUCUGUGUCAACUCAUUGGCCCAUUGGAUCGGCUCUCAACCAUUCGAUGACCGCAGAACCCCUCGUGACCACGUCAUUACCGCUUUGGCUACUUUUGGUGAAGGUUACCACAAUUUCCACCACGAGUUUCCCUCGGACUACAGAAACGCAUUGAAAUGGUACCAAUACGACCCAACCAAGAUGGUGAUUUGGGGAUUGUCUAAGAUUGGUAUGGCUUGGAACUUGAAGACUUUUAGUCAAAAUGCCAUCGAACAAGGUUUACUCCAGCAACAAGAAAAGAAGUUGGAGCAAAUGCGCCAGAAAUUGAGAUGGGGUGAACAAGUGGAUGCUCUCCCAGUGAUGGAACGCGAAGAGUUUAAUGAGAGAUCCAAGAAAGACGGACUUAUCUUGAUUGCUGGUAUUGUUCACGACUGUAAAUCUUUUAUCAAGGAACAUCCUGGAGGUCAAGCCCUCAUCAGAGCAUCGUUGGGUAAGGAUGCUACCAAGGCUUUCAACGGAGCUGUAUAUAGACACUCAAAUGCUGCACACAACAUGUUGGCAGGAAUGAGAAUUGCAGUGUUGCGUGAUAGUGAUGUCAGCUCCAACACAUUCCAACUUCAACAGGAAUACUUGGAAAAGGAAAAGGUUAACUAG